CUACUAUAUGGUUUUUUAAAACUGCAUUUAGAUUUGAUAAAGUUACAAAAAUAGAAAACAUUACGUUUGAAUAUACUAUUGAGUAUAAAGAAUUAGUACCUGAAACAAAUAUACCAGAUAAUGAACCAGAUUAUGAUCACUCUAU